AUGACUAGACCAGGGGAAAUGACCUCUCAUUUGAGAAGUAAAAUAAAUUCGAAUGGAAUACAAAGGAAUAAGAAGCUCGAGUCGAUAGAAGCCCGAGAGAAAAACAUUAAUACAUACAAAAAUGAAGAAAGUAUUAAUAAUGAUACUGGAGAUGGCAUAAAAUUUGAAGGUAUUCUUGGUGAAUACCUCACUGAAGAUCAAGUCCUAAACCAAACAAAUAAUAACGAAAAAAAGAAGAAAAAAGAAAAAAAAAAAAAAAAAAGAAUGUUCAAAAUAAGACAAAAGGGAUCACUAAUUCCUUGGGAUGAUGGAGAUGCUACCCAAGAUGAUACAACAAAAUAUCCUGACAUGUAUUUGCAUUCCUUCACAAUAAAAAAGAAACGUACAAAUGUGCCACUAUUAAAUAAGAAAGAUGUGGAGAGUUCCAACAUAGAGUUAACUAACAAAAUGAGUAGUAAACUGAGUACAAAAAUAAAGCAUUCAUUGAAUCCUACUCUUUCUAUGUUUGCUUCAAAAGCAGUUGAUGGAAUACUUGGUGGUGUCCAUAAACAUAUGCAAGGCCCAUUUUCUCUAGAUCUUGAUGGUACAAACAAUUCCCCACUUGCUAAUACAAUUGUCACACCAAAUUUGUAUUCAAAUGUCAGUUCACCUUUCAAUAUGCGUAACGGUAUGGCUCCGACCACUGCAUCUAUGAAUACUGCACCGAUGAACACUGCACCGAUAAAUGCUGCACCAACAAACGCCUCACCAAUAACUACAGCAUCUGCUCCAUCAGCUUCCAACCCCUUGACAGUUCCUACGCAAGGGUCACAACCUAUCAAUGGAAAUGUUGCAUCUGUAGGAGUUUCCCCAUCGUCUAUGGGAGGUGUUCAAGUUGCUUCAAACACAAUGGCAUAUCCACAAAUGAAUUUACAAAAUCUUAUGUCAGCAAAUCAAAUAGCACAAAAUCCAGCAUUCAAUAUACAUCCCACAGCAACAAAUUUAAGAGAUGAUCCUGGAAAUGUAAAUUACAAUGAAGUUGUAACAAUAACCAUUGGAAUCAUUAUUUGUCUUUUCCUCUUUUGCUUCAUAUUUGGCUGUAUUGUCAAAAUGUGUAAACCUCCCAAGCGAAGAAGAUGA